AUGACCGCGCCCAUGCAAUACCGAGACGAUGUCGACCUCAGCACGAAUGUCCGGCAGCUCUCAUGCAAGCCCCAGAUCCAGCCCUUCGCCGGCCGUAUUGGGGGUAAUCAGGGGCUUGUUCUCGAUCGACACGACCCAACGAACGCGGACUAUCUGAAGAAAGUCCCUGACGCAGCGCCAUUGAUGACCUUCCGAGAGGCAUGGAAUCUCCAAGGCUUCGCAGACCCCAACUUGUACAGAUUCAGCGUGGUGGAAUGUGUCGGGACGAUGAUGCUUUCUUUUAUCACCGCCUGGGCAUCCGCCACCCCUGCGUCCGCCCCCGAAGUCACCCCAGGAUCAACGGGGGUAUUCGGCACCCCGGAGUUCCUGGGACCGUUAUUUGGAGGCAUCUGCAACUGGUUGUUCUUGACGCUUUUCAUAUUCACGUUUAGUUCCGUCUCAGGCAGCCAUCUGAACCCGACCAUCACGCUCGCCACCUUCUUCGCGCGAUUGAUAUCCCUCCCUCGGACCGUGCUCUAUCUCGGCAGCCAGAUACUAGGAGGUGCGUUAGCCGGCUGGAUGCUGGAAUCGGCCUUCGGAUCGGAUGAAUACCUGGUCGGGGGGUGCACCAUCGAUACGAACCUCGUCCCCGUCCGGGAGGCGUUUGUUCUGGAGUUCAUCUGCUGCCUGACCUUGAUCUUCCUCUCGUUUGGCGUAGGGCUCGAUCCACGACAAGUUCAGGUGUACGGCGCAGCCCUGUCGCCGUGGCUUGUGGGUAUGGUCCUGGGGGUGGUCAGCUGGGGGUCGGCGUAUACACGGAAAGGAUACGCAGGCGCUUGUAAGACUUUCGCUCCAGACAGCCACUUACACUGA